CCUCUUGGUAAGUGUUCUCUGUCCUGCUUCCCCAGGGGAAGCCAGAGGAGAAGACCUACCUUGCCAUGGACUCUGGGGUCAGCAACUGUGGGCACGAUGGCAGCUUGCAGACAGAUGAUGGAGUGCUCAGUUUUCACACUGACGGCCAAGUCACAAGAAAGGAUGGACAGUCUAAGAGUCCCAGUAGCCACCUGGCCUAUGGCAUUUUGGACAUCCCACCAUGGUAUCUCUGCAUCUUCUUGGGGAUCCAGCACUUCCUCACAGCCCUGGGAGGAAUGGUAGCAGUGCCACUCAUCCUGGCCAAGGAUCUGUGUUUGCAGCAUGACCCCCUGACUCAGAGCUACCUGAUCAGCACCAUCUUCUUUGUCUCUGGCAUCUGCACUCUCCUGCAAGUGCUUUUUGGGGUCAGGAGACCUCAAACAGCCGUGGGCCAGUGGCUCCAGGUGAAUGCUCACGCCUUCCUUGUCAAUGGCUCUCACUGUUGCGUCAUGGAGAGACCUCAAACAGCCGUGGGCCAGUGGCUCCAGGUGAAUGCUCACGCCUUCCUUGUCAAUGGCUCUCACUGUUGCGUCAUGGAGUGA